UCUGCUACGCGUAAUCGAAAGUUAACUUCCUGCCAAGUUGAGAACAAUAAGUCGUGUUCCGAAUUUCCGAUGAAAAAUAGUUUGUUUCAUUUCAAGAUAUAGUCGUCACUUCCUGUGAGAUUGGAGCAUCCAGGAGAAUCGGGACACCACCGGACAUCAUGAGAAUGAACUUUUGAAGACGAAUCAGCUGAUGGAGUUCCUUCCAAAAUAAAGAAUUAGCCGUCAUAACCUGUGAGAACGGAAGAGCCCUCCGGACAUUACGGCCAUGAGAUGGAAAACGGAUGGAGACACAGUUCAUUCAAGUCGGGAUUCCGAAGUCGGACUGUUCGUCUAUUCACUAGUAAACUUGCGUUGAUUAUUAAAACAAAAUUAAUAAUAAUGAGUGCGAAUUUUGUCCGGAUUGUUCUCGUCGCGUUCACUCUCGUCUACUUCGCGACGAUUACAGAUGCUAAUUACGAAUAUUACGAUCCUGGUUCCGGCACGGCCGGGAUGAUGGCCAAAAUGAAUCGGAUGGAGGGCGAAAUCCAGAAAGUUUUGGCGUCCGACUGUCCCGCCCAGACGAAUGAUUUGUCCACUUACAUGCAGACGCUCUGGUGGCCCAACAUCCAGUACCAGAUGGCGAGAAUUCCGACCCAAGAGCAAGUGCCAGUCCAGCAGCAAUACGCUCGUCUCCAGUACAUGCUCGGAAUGAGGAAAUGUCCGUCGACUCAAGAAACUUUCUACCAAGGAGAGUGCCAUGAAAUCGGAGUCCCUGGUAAUCCCUGUCCUAGAAAUCAGCAACUCUAUGACAGACCGGACAACAAUGGCUACUGCUACUGCCAACGGGGUCUGAGCGAUUUCGUUUACAUGGACGGCCAAUGUUACCAGCAAAACGAGCAGGGACCUUGUGACGACGACCAGUGGCUAGUGGUGAGGGAAGAUCGAACUCCCGCCUGCCAACAGGUACCUAGAGGAUGUCCAGCUGAUGGCCAACACGUCUACUGGAGUUGCGGAGGUAAUACUGAAUGCCAGCGUCAAACACGGAGGAAUUCGAUGGGCAUGUGCAGCCGACUGGGCAGCCAACAACCUUCUUGCGGCGUCGGAGCCAAACUCUAUCGUACUGGAACCAACUAUUACUGCGGAAGACCGAGAGUGACGGUCGACGACUGGGAGGAGCCCAACGUGAUUUUACCACCGCCCAGUUCAACGUGCAGCAACACGGUGUUACAAGUUCCACAAGCUUCACAACCUCUGCCAGUUUAUGCAAGUCUGCCGCAGCAAGCAGUUGCAAUUUCUGGAUACCGACCGUGCCAUAGGGGUUAUAAUCGAGACUGGACUGGAAGGUGUAGGAGAAUGGUUGCACCUCGAUAUUGAUUGGCAAAAUCUUUCAACAUUUAGUCAGAUUGGUAGCAAAUUUGUAACAAAGGUCACUGACAAAUGUCAAUCAUAAAUUCUGGCCGUUAUGGAUAAUAUCAGUAAAAUAAACUCUUGCUAACCGAA